AUGUCAGUCAUGACCAGCACGCCUCCCUCACCAGCGCGGUCCUCUAGCGGAUUCAGCCUCUUGUCCAAGAUCAAAUCUCACAAAGAGUCAAAGUAUCUCGCCCCUCCCAGACCAAAUUCGGUCCACCGAACGGGUAGUUGGGGCAGUAUCUACAACCAGCCUGAAAGAUCCUCACUUUUCUCCCUUCCCGCAGAGGAGGGGUCAGGGUUGAAAUCCCGCCGUUUGAGCGCGAGUCCUCUGGACGAUUUCGUUGUCGAUGUCUGUCCCUUGGAGUCCGAGUUCGCCCCACUAUCCAAAUUCGGGCGAAAGAAAGAAAUCGGAAAGGGUGCAAGCGCCACAGUGAAGAUCAUGCUUCGUAAAGGAGACAAGAAGAGUGAUAACCCACCUUACUACGCUGUCAAGGAGUUUCGCAAGAAAUCCACAAGAGAGACCGAGGAAGAAUACGUCCGCAAAGUCAAAUCCGAAUAUACCAUUGCCAAGUCUCUCGACCAUCCGAACGUGGUGCGAACGGUCCGACUUUGCACCAACAACGGCCGUUGGAACCAUGUCAUGGAGUAUUGCCAGCAAGGCGAAUUAUUCAGCCUCGUGGAACGGAAGUACUUCAAGCCGGAGGAUCGCAAUUGUAUCUUCAAGCAAGUCCUACGUGGAGUCAGCUACCUCCACGACCAUGGAAUCGCCCAUCGCGACAUCAAACUCGAAAACCUCCUGAUGACCGACGACGGACACAUCAAGAUCACCGAUUUCGGCGUGUCAGAAGUGUUUUGUGGUGACCACCCAGGAGUCGCCAUCUCACGAGGUCUGUGUGGUCAAGGGAUGAGGACUCCAAGAAGAUCAGCACCCGGUAUCUGUGGCUCGAAACCGUAUAUCUCGCCCGAGGUAUUGGCGCAUGACCGGGACUACGACCCCACGAAACUGGACGUCUGGGCGUGCGGCAUCCUCUACAUGACCAUGUGUCUGUGCGGUAAUCCAUGGCAGAGCACGAGUAAGAACGAAGUCAACUAUGCCGUGUUUCUCGAAGGAUGGAAAGCAUUUCUCGACCGCUUCGAGAAAGGCGGGGACGGCUGUCCCUCCACAACUGCGACCCCAUCCACUAUCAUCGACGAAAACACCUACCCACAAUGCGGCCCGAUCUUCAAUGCCCUUGCCUCCCACUCCCAACGCAGGUGUGUUCUGAAGAUGCUCCAUCCAGAUCCAGACAAGCGCUGCAGCAUCCAUGACGCCUUGAACGACCGCUGGAUCAAGGGCAUCGAUUGCUGUGCACCGGAUGCGCGUGGUGCGAACCUGACCAAUGGACUCGACGUCUCGAAACUCGACUCCCAUAAGGUCGCGGCCAAGAUGAAGGUCCAGGCCAAACAUGAUCAUCUCCCACCGCCAGUCAAACGCCUGCCGCAGCAUCGCUUUGAUAUGGGUGAUGGGACGUCGAGAUAUGAUUGA